CUUACAUCGAUAUAUACACUUAACAAUUAGCAUAGCUAGAUUACUUCAUUAAUGCUAAUUAACCAUGGCAACACCAGCAUUGUCUUCAAUUGUAGAACCAGAGCAGCAACACGCAGAACCAGAAGCUGUUGCUGUUCCAAGCACUAGUGCAUGGAAAUCUUCAGGAUCCGUGGGUCCAUUCUUUGCCGUCAUUACCGUGCUUAUAAUUCUGUCUGUUCUUUCGUGCUAUUUGGGUCGCAAGUGGAACCGAAGGCCGAAAACCCCGUUGGAGAGUAUCAGAGGAAGGGGCUUUUUUGGGUGGCUAAAGCGCGUGUUUAGAGAACGUAUUGGCAAAGAUAUUGAAGUUGGAGGCGUUGGGGCGAAGGUGAUGGUUUGUGAUGACCAUGAGGAAAUUGAUCAUUGUAAGGUCAAAGAUGGUGAGGUUGCUCAACAAAACACAACACAAGUUUGAUUAUAUGUACGUGUUACUACUUGUGGGAAUUGAACCUGUGUAAUUCGUCCACGUUGCCGAAAAUUUAAUUAGAUUUCACCAUUUAUCUAUAUAAAUGCAUGUGUGUUAUAUUCAUCAUAUGAUGUGCAGUUUUAAGAUUUUAGUUUAAA